AUGAACAUUUUGCAAGGUGCUGCCAUUAACAAAUGUUUAGAUUUCGGUGUACCCGGAAAGCCUAUUGGCGAUUCGAACAAAUGUGUGUUCAUGUUCACGAAGCCUCAGGGAUGGUUCAACAGUCCGCGAUAUCCUGCAAAUUAUCCGCUUGAUACAAACUGCACUUACAUUAUCAAGGCUAAUCCGGAUGAGCAGAUCCAGGUGUACUUUGAACAGUUCGCGCUUCACAUCGACGAACAUCCCUCCGCCGAAACUAGGUAA